CUUUCCAUCCCUCUGUCUUUGUGGUGUCGCUCGUCAGCCUCUUCUUCCCCGAGCUGCGACAUCCCGCGCCUCCUCCCUCGCCUCCAUCAUGUCCAGUUUGCACCUGCGGCCCGCUGCUUGUUGACGGCUGUCAGGAGGUGAAACAGACGGAAACACAGGAGCAGCUGCAGUUUCAGAGAGCUUUGGGACAAUGAAGGAGCUGCUGUUCUUCCUCCUGCUGGUGACGGAGGCCUCCUCCAGGUUUAACAGCAGCAGGUGCAGGCAGGGCUGUGACUGUCAAGGAGAUCUGAAGUUCACCAUCUGCUCCAGAGCUCGCUUCACCCACCUGCCCAGCAGAGUCCCACCCAACACUGAGCUCCUGGAUCUGUCGGACAACAGCAUCUCCGUCAUCCAUGAACGCUCCUUCAGCAAAAACCGAAAGCUGCGAGUCCUCUUGCUGCAGAACAACAACAUCAGCGUGGUGGAGGACGGCAGCUUCUCUCAGCUGGAGUUCCUGCAGAAACUGGACCUGAGCUGGAACCGGAUCUCCACCCUGACGGAGGGUUUCUCAUUGGGCCUGGCCCUCCUGAGGGAGCUGCAGCUCUCCCACAACCGUCUGAGCAGCCUGAACAGUCAGAGCUUCUUGCACCUGGACGGCCUGCAGAGGUUAAACCUUUCCCGUAACAGCAUCCACUCCAUCCAGGUGAGGUCGUUCUCCUCCAUGAGCAGCCUGCGGCAGCUCCACCUGCAGGGCAACCAGCUGACCUCUUUGAAGAGUGGGAUCUUCUCCAUGCUACGUUCCCUAGAAGUCCUCAACCUGGCCGGGAACCAGAUCCACGAGACAGAGUUGGGCGUCUUCAAGCCUCUCACCAGCAUGACCUUACUUAACCUGGCCGACAACCAGAUGUCCACGCUUGACUUCAAAACAUUCCUGAGCAUCCACACGUACAGCACCCACAUCCUGCUGGAGGGGAACCCCUGGAACUGCGACUGCGACCUACAGAGAGUUUUCCGGAAGCUGCGCAGCAUCCAGAGGCUUUUCCUGGAUGACUACUACAACCUGACCUGCAAGGAGCCGCUUGUCCUCAAAGACUACCGGCUGAUGGACGUGGACACGGAGCUGUGCCUCGCCGAGACGGUCACCGUGCUCAUCAUCACCAUCACCGUGGUUACAACAGUGCUGGCUGCCAUGCUGAUGGGCGAGAGGAAGAGGAAGAAGAAGAAGAAGAAGAAGCACUGGACACAGCAAGGACAGAUUUCAGAUGAGUCGGACUAUUGAAACGUCUUUUUUCUUCUCUCAUUUCACUUUCUUCAUAUCUUUCUACUUUACGACACAGACACAAGAUUAAAGAUGGCAGCCUUAAUGAACAUCUGCACUCCUUGAAAGAGAUUUUUGUCAUCAGCUGCCCAUUUUGACCGAUUUUACAGCUGCUGAAAAAUAAACAAAAAACUCUGUACGUGAAGGAUUAUUCUCAAACAUCUGCUUCAUGAUAACAAAAAGAUAUAUUAUUUGAAAUGUAGCAGACUGACGUUUCUCCCAAAAAACUUAAGUUGUAAAUCAUCUAGCAUCUCAUCUUUAAAUGUUUUGAACUUUCUUCUGUAUGAUAAUGGAUGUUGUGCGAUUGCAGCAGCCUGUGUUGUUAACGCUCCUGAUGUGACCUCAUGUUUGGAAACCAUUAAAUAGUGUGCUGACA